GACAACCCUUUAAAUUUGGAUUGUACUCGCAUGUCAUUUGAGUACUUUAACACCGAGGAACUUUGGGAGACCGAAGAUUGUUAUAAUAAUGUCGAUUUUUUUGUAUGUGAGAAACCCUAUCCAGUGGACGCCGAUAUCAAGGAAGAAAAGUGUAAAAGUCUACCUAAAAAGGAAGACCACAAUGCUUUACCAUACUCCGGGAGAUCUUGUCAAAAUUGGCAAAACCUAUCUAACAAUGCUAAAAAUGAUUUUGACAAGAUGUUUUCCUCCAUACGUAUCUCGUUAGAAAAUUCCAAUGUGUGCGAGAAUUUUGGGCAGGGUAUUUCAUGGUGCUAUGUUAAUGAUCCUGGCGAAUUUAUACGGGAACCAUGCUUUUUGCAUCAAAGCAAAUUCGAUUCAGACAAUGACAAAAAACCUGUGUUUUGGAAGAGAAUGCCUGAAGUAAAUUGCUCUGACGGAUCUUCAAUACCUUUAAUAAAUUGGUGUGAUAGAAAUUUUGACUGUUUAGACUAUUCGGAUGAAUUGUCAUGCCAGAAUAAUAUCAAAGAUCACAAUCUCGUGAAUACCAUGACGAACUCUAAUUUAACUCAACGUCUAAAAAACGGGACAUACUUUACCUGUAAAAAUAGCAGAGAGCAGAUAUCGCUUUUAGCAAAUUGUGAUGACGUCAUCGAUUGUCUUGAUGCUUCCGACGAAUCCGGUUGUUUGCAUAGCAAUAUAGAAUGUGAUGAAAACGAAUUCUCGUGUGAUGGCGGACAUUGUAUACAAUUAAGUCAAGUUUGUGACUUGAUAUCCGACUGCGCGGACGGAACAGAUGAAUUUUGUGAUUUCCAAGCGUGCAAAGUAAAUGAGUUUACUUGUGAAAAUAAGCAGUGUAUUUCUGAAGAGAAGAGAUGCAAUGCUGUAUCCGACUGUUUCGAUUAUAGUGAUGAAAUAAAUUGUGACUCCUGUAAACACUCAUUUCUCUGUGCUGAUGAUUACAAAUGUAUCCCUCUACGACUGACAUGUGAUCGCUACCCUGAUUGUAAAGAUGCGAGUGAUGAACGACAUUGUCAUGUUAAUCCCCCAACUUCAAAUGUCUUCACUGGUAAUGACUAUCUAUGGUCUUUGCACACUUUUACAGGGUUGUGUUAUUGGAACUGGGAUUUCUGGGGGAAUUCAUCGAAAGAAAGCAUAUCUGGAUGCACGUCUUUUGCAAAACACGAAGUGUUUAAUCCGCAACGAGAAGUCAUCAUUGAUUAUAGCAUUUAUUAUUCUUGUUUUACUCAGGUACAGAUAGAGUGUGGAUCCCAUUUUCAUGAUGCAGAUCUUGAUCUCUUCAAUGAUUUCGAAUAUGAGUUUUGUUACUGCAUACUAGGUACAGUCAGAUAUAAAGUAGGGUCAAUUGUGGGCAGAUAUGAUUUGGUUUCGGUAACAAGAUGCGACGGAAGUCAAAUGACAGAAAUACAUGUCGUUGAGGAAAGUAUUUAUCUUCAAUCAGAUUCGGGUAAUGACGUGUAUGUUCCCCCGCCAAGUGAUUUAUUGGACGAUACAAAUGCACCUGCUUAUUGCACUUAUGGGUACAAUAUGACUGAAUUUGGUGACUUCUUUCAUUGUAAGAGAGAUGGAAAAAUCAUACCAAAGUCGAUGAGAUGCAUUUAUGCUGUAGAUAAUAGCGGGUACAUGACAGGAUGUAGAUCUGGAGACCAUUUACAAAAUUGUGAAAAAAUCAAUUGUCCUGAAAAUACAGUCAAAUGUCCUGGAAGUUAUUGUAUUGAGCAAAGAUUUCUUUGCGAUGGACAUACUGAAUGUCCUGGAGGAGAAGACGAACAAAAUUGCAGUAUUUGAUUUAAAGCUCUUUUUUCUUUUGUCAUUUCUUAUUUUGUUUCGUUUGUUUUGUCACAGGUUUUACAGCAUUUCUGUCAGAAAUUAGCAUUUAUUAAAAAGUCUGUAUAGGAAGUUUAUACGAGAAGUAUUCAUAGUUUUACGUCAGAUACCGUAUUAUACCCGCUUUUGAAAAACGGGUCGUAUUAUAGUUUCUCCGUGGCGGGCGGGGGGCAGCUUGGUGAGCGGCUUACAAUUUUUGUCCGGAGCAUAUAUCUUAUACACAUAUAUGAAUUUUAAUGAAACUUCAUAGAAUUUGUUACAACUAUGAAACGCUUUGUCGCUGGUCACUAGGUUUAAGGUCAAGGUCACACUUAAAGGUCACUGAAAAACGCUUGUCCAGAGCAAAACUUCUACGUGCAUAGAGGGAUUUCUUUAUAACUAUUUUGGUCCCUGCAGCCAAGGUCAAUGUCAAUGUCACACAGGGUCAAAGUUCAGACAGAAAUAUAAAAAUGUGUAUUCGGACCAUUUAGUCAUCAUUUAUUGAGGGAUUAUUGAAACACAAAUGGUCAUUUUCAUGACUUUGUAGAACUAAGCAUUGCGAAAAGCACAUAAUCCAGGUCCCUGCUACCAAAUUCAAGGUCACAUAGAGUGGUCAAAGUUUGUGUACGGGGACUAUUUAGUCAUCAUUUUUUGAUGGAUUGUAUCACACAUUAUAACUAUCAUGACUACAAAUGUGACAAUUGUCAAUUAGGGUUAAUAUUUGCAAGGUCAAUGUCACUAGAGAUGAUAAAAUAUCCAGAUAUUGUCCGGACAUUGCCCAGAGCAUAUCUCCUAUAUGCAUAUCUAUCAUUCCCACAUCUCUGACAAAAGCUUUUGUGACGGGUGAAUUUUGAGAUAAUGUUGCCCUUCUUUUAAUAAUGUAAGACAAAU